CCGCCGUGCGAGCUCGCUACAGACUCUUAAUAGUCUAUUUUUAAUUAUACACAUCUCGUAUUUCUCUUUAUAUUAUUUUGUUCCGAGACCCCAUUAUAUUCUUAACAUUUAGGAAAAUGGCUGACACAAAAGUCGAUACCAGCUCGGAAGUCUCCGCUAAGGACCUUAAAGAAAAGAAGCAGGUUGAGGAGGCGGAAAACGGAAAGGAUGCCCCUGCUAAUGGAAAUGUGGAAAAUGAGGAGAAUGGCGAUCAAGAAAAUGAAGUAGACGAGGAGGAUGAUGAGGUGGCUGAAGAAGAUGAGGAAGAUGAUGGAGAAGGUGACGAUGAUGAUGAUGAAGAUGACGAGGCUGAGGGCGGCACAGGAAAAAGAGCAGCCGAGGAAGAUGAUGAGGAUGAUGUUGAAACCAAGAAGCAAAAGACUGAUGUGUAAGAAGCUACUCUGCUGGAAAUCUCAUCCCUCCUUUCCUUAAAUCGUCCACUGGGGGAGGAAAAACAUGGUCAUCAUCAAGUAGAGUCCAGCAUCCGUGUACACGCACCUAACUGCAGAUUUUGUAGAAACAACCAAGACUUCAAAGCUCUACCUUCUUACAAAAUACUUUAAAAGGAAAAGUUUGUUUGUAUUUUUAUUUACAUUUUAUAUUUUUGUACAUAUUGUUAGGAGGUCAGCCAUUUUUGACCGUGAUCUCUGGUUACCAAACGGUGCUUUGAAGUUGAUGCUUCUCGAUGAAAUAGAUUUUACUUGUGGUUUGACCAUGUCAUGUUAUCUCAAAAGAAACUUGUAAAAAACUAAGCAAAAAAAGAAAUUAAAAAUUGCAGAAAACCAUGAGAAAAAAAAAACAUUAAUUCAAAGCAUUCCAGUAACUUUGUGUAUGUACAUCAGUUGUAUCAUACGUAGUUGGAUUGUAUGAGAGGGCAAGGCCAAAAGAAAAGAAUUUUCUUCUUUUCUUUCUUGUCUGUUAAAUUGCUAUCUAUUUGUGGCCUGUUCGAUGUAUGUGUGAAAUUUGUUGUGCGACAAUAAACCGAAAUUUAUUUUGUGAGUUCUUA